CAGUUUGAAACCUAUAGAGCACGAUGCGUGCACUUCAACGGAGCUUCACCGCAGGCAAUGACAUGCCCAAGCAGCAGCCGGGAAGCUACCGCACAUCAUCUUCGUCCUCCACUCACAGCCAAGAGAUGAACCCAUACCAACUUUUGCUCGAUGCCGUAGAACGGUCCGACGCCACCACGGUGGAGCGUCUGCUGCACAAGGGCUUUCAACCCGCGACACAGGAUAUCAACAUGUCCAUUCUGUCUGCUGCUUGUUUAUCAGGAUCGUACGACGUGUUCGAGCAGUUGGUGACCCAAGGGUGGCUGGUCUUCGCAGCAAUUUUGUCGGAAACGGCCACGACGCCGAUCCUGUUUGAAUUGGUCAACUUGGCCACCCAAGGCGGCAACAUCCAAAUCAUCACAGGUCUGUGCCGCGUCGGCGGCAUCACGGUGGACGAGGUGGUGGAGCACGUGCGGGGCCCGAGCGGCGUCAAAGUCAUCACCCCGCUCUUGAUCGCGGCCAUCAACGGCGACGACGCCAUGGUCCACUUCCUCGUGGACGGCGGCGUCGACAUCAACAUGGGCAUGACCAAGGAAGGCAACUCGCCGCUGGGCAUGGCAACGAUCCACGGCCACAUUUCGGUCGUCGAGGUGCUGCUCGAGUCGGGCGCGAACUCCCAUCACACCAACCUCAAAGGCGAGUCCGUGUACGCCCUGGCUGCCGCGUACGGCCACGCCAACAUCCUGUGCUUGCUACUGCACGAAGAAGGCGACAGGGGGGACGCCAUGAAGCUGGGAGACGUGGACGAAUCAUCCAUGAAGCGAACGAUCCACAACAUCCGAAAAGGCAAGAGCCACACACAUUACUCGCUGCAAGAGCGUGGCGGUCACGUUGACGUGACCAAGCUUAAGCGACGCAUCACCAACCUCAAAAAAAGAGUCAACGGCCGCGUGGAAGCCGACUUGUACGAGUUGCGGUCCAGUUCUUCGCUGGGCGAAGAAUCGUUUUAAAUACGUUUGCUUACAUCGUACAAAAUCCUCGUGAUGACUACAGUAGUAGUAGUACUACUACUAUUUACCAGUCCACAGUCGACAUCCUUGGUCUAAGCUGUGAAUAUGUACUACGGGGAGAGGGAGUUGGAGUACAUACAAACGGAAUCGAUGAUCAUGGCAGGAGGGAUAAACGUCAAGGGGACGGCGACGACGGCAACGAUCGAAGGCGAAUGAUGGCCAACACCUUUUCGUCGGAGAUGCUGCCACAGCGUUUCGCUUCUUCGUACACCUCGGCGAGCACAUGCUCGUUGUCGAACAAGAGCAGCUUUGUCGAUGUCUUUAGCGCGUCGAAGUUUCGAGUAGGCGUGGUGUGGGCUUGACCUUGUGAACUACUUGUCUGCACGUCGUGUGGACGAGUGUGCUUGGCAAUCGCUUGGAGUACAUCUGCAUCGGAAAUGACCCCUCGCUCUUGAGCCAUCUUGUAAACAUGGGCGACCAUGUGUUCGUGUUCAAGCAGCAAGAGGAUGGUAGACUUCUUCAGUGGUCCGAACUUGCUCAAGGAUGACGCUAGUGUUGUCGACGGCGGCGAUGGGAACGUGUUGGUGGAAUCCCUCGACAUGAUUUUUCUACUAGUAAC